AUGGAGGGUGACAUGGGCGUGGACUCUCCCAAUGACUCGUAUGAUGGCCCUAUUAAGGAGGCAGAGACCCAUGACGAGCCGUCGCCUUAUGUUACUGGUUCUUCUAGCAGGAAGAGGAUUGGAAGACCCAGCCGAGGAAACUAUCGUGGUAGUUUCGAGAUGAAUCGUGAAGAGCGACUUAGCAGAAGGAGGGGCCAGGCCCAGUCAUCAUCUCGAGACAUCCCGGAAGGAAGCGGCUUAGGGCUGCCAAGUGGCGACAGGUCAUUUGAAAGGUUCGUUGAGAUGAUGAUGAAUUCAAUGAAUAGAUCAGAAACCCUUACCAUUAAUUGGCUGAAGAUGUAUCGGGAUUUACAUCCACCAAGUUUUAAAGGUGACUCGGAGGUGGAUCCAAGCCUGAAAGAAUAUUGGAUGGAGCAAACAGAAAAGCUGUUGGAACACUUAGAGUGCCCUGAAGAGCAUUGGUAUGAAGCUAAGUUUUCCAAGUUGAUAAAAUAUGUGCCAAUGUACACCACUGAUGAUCUUGAGAAAGCCCAGAAGUUUUUUCAAGGGCUUAGAAAAGAAGUUAAGCAAGUUCUGUAUGCAUGGAACAUACGCACAUUUGAGGAUGCAGUCGAGAAGGCCAUUACUGUUGAGAGGAACAUGAUGGCUCAAGGAGAAUUGAAGCUUCAUAGUGAUUCGAAAAAGGAAGUAGAGAGCAAAGACAAAUCAACAAACCCUCCAACAGUCCAAUUCAAGAAGCCGGAAGGAGCAAAAUUUAAAAGGGAAAGGUAUUGCAAAAAGUGCAAGAAAAGACAUGCCGGCAAUAAGUGUGGGACCAAAGGCAAGGAAGCAGGCUGCUUUGUUUGUGGUGAAACUAGACAUUUUACGAGAGACUAUCUUUCGAGGAAAACAUUAAAAAUUAAGGAAGCGCCCAGAAAGGAGGUGACAUGUUAUGCUUGUAAACAGCGGGGACACUAUUCAUGGAACUGCCCCCAACGAGGCAAAACUGACCAAGGGAAGAAGCUAGAAGGAAAAUCAAGUCCACUACCAGCUCGAGUGUUUCAUUUGACAAAGGCGGAGGUGGAGAUCGACCCGAGCGUGGUGGAAGGUACGCUCUUCAUCCAUACUACUCCUGUACAUCCAUUGGUAGACCCUGGUGCCACUCAUUCAUUCAUAGCAAAUGAGUCUACUAGGAGUUUGAACCUUAAAUCCUCAUCAAUAGGGCAUGGAGUUAUGAUUCAGUCUCCAAUUGGGGAGACUAUGGAGACUAAUUUAAUAUUCCAAAAUUGUGAUGUGGAUAUUGAGGGUGAGAAAUUUAAGAUAGACCUGAUACUUAUGGAGAUGCAGGACUUCGAUGUCAUCUUAAGUAUGGAUUUUCUUUCUCGUUAUUGUGCUAGUAUGGACUGUUUGGGAAAGACAGUGGAAUUGGGAUGUGCGGGUUGA